GAGACCUCUCAAGGCUAUUCAUCGGUGGGUUGUACGAAUCUUCUGUAAUUAUAGUUACUGCAAAAUGUAUGGGAAUGAAGGGAUGGAAAGGCUUAUACCUCUUGUUAAUAAGCUUCAGGAUGCUUUCGCAUCUCUUAACCUUCCUCUGAACCUUGAUUUACCUCAAAUUGCAGUUGUGGGAAGCCAAAGUGCUGGUAAAAGCUCAGUGCUGGAAAACUUCGUGGGGCGUGAUUUCCUACCGAGAGGCAGUGGUAUAGUCACAAGGAGACCGCUUAUUCUACAACUGGUCCAUGAUAAGUCAGUUGAAUAUGGGGAAUUUAUUCACUGUAAAAAUAAAAAGUUCACGGAUUUUGAUGACAUCCGACGGGAAAUCGAACAGGAAACGGACAGAAUCACUGGCUCUAAUAAGGGUAUCUCAAACAUUCCAAUCAACCUCAGGAUCCAUUCCCCCAGCGUCCUCAAUCUUACCCUUAUUGACCUUCCUGGAAUGACCAAGGUCCCUGUUGGCGAUCAGCCACCGGAUAUCGAAACUCAAAUCCGCAACAUGAUCAUUGAAUUUAUCGAGAGAGAUUCCUGUCUUAUUUUGGCUGUUAGCCCUGCUAAUUCAGACCUCGCUAAUUCCGAUGCCUUGAAACUUGCUAAGGAAUAUGACCCACAGGGUCUGCGUACUAUCGGGGUAAUAACAAAGUUAGAUUUGAUGGAUGAAGGAACAGAUGCACAGGAAAUUCUCGAAAAUAGAUUGCUCCCAUUACGAAGAGGUUAUAUAGGUGUAGUCAACAGAAGCCAGCGAGAUAUAGAUGGGCGCAAAAAUAUCACUGCUGCCUUGGAAGCCGAACGUAGAUUUUUCCUUUCACAUCCCAGUUAUCGUCAUAUGGCUGAUCGUAUGGGAACUCCUUAUCUCCAACGUAUACUUAAUCAACAACUAACGAAUCAUAUCCGCGAUACUCUGCCACAUCUACGUAGUCGGUUACAAGCCCAACUAAUUAGUUUGGAAAAAGAAGUUUCUGACUUUCGUAAUUAUCGUCCAGACGACCCAGCUUAUAAAACAAAAGCAUUGCUACAGUAAUUAGUUCCUUUUUCUUUAUGUAAAAUAAGUUAAUGAUUUAUAACUGGAAUUUAUAAUUAUGUAGAUUUUUUUGUUUUUGUCUGCUGAUCAAAUUAUUGUCCUAGUUACAUUUGUCCAGUGGAUUUUUAUUCAGGCUAAACAAUUUCUUCAACCUCCUAGCGGAAACUUAAAUAAUAUCCUGUUCAUUCUAUUUUAUGACGUGGUGUAGGCUAGAUUUCAAUUUGAAAAAAGCACUACACCUCAUCUUUAGCUAACCAAUUUAAUAACUAAGUCUAAUCGCUAGAAAUUAAACUUUAGGUAGUAAAAUGAAAGUGAUAGUUUAUAUAAACCACCAAGUCUGUCUGUAACGAACUUAAAAAUGCUAACAUUGUCGCUUGUAUGGCUAUUUGUUAUGACUGCGUUAUAAAUUUAUUUGCUACUUGCUCAACAGAACAAGAAUGAUUUAUCUCGACACAAAAAAGUCCAAACUGUAAAUGAAGAUUUAUUUAUGUACCAACCACUGAGUCAUAAUGAUCAAAAUGUACUGUCAUAUAUCAUUUUAAAUUUCCGGUCAUUAGAUAAAAUUUGAUUACAUUGAACUGGGAUUAGUUAGCAAUAAUUACUCAGUAACUUGAUGUAAGCAUAUAAUUUACAAGGUCAAUAGACUAAAUUCUUUGACUAGUAGGUGUUAAUAAAUUACCGGAUUAUGCAUUUUUGUUCUUCCUAGUAAGUUCACUGUAAUUUUCUUACCAAUAAUGUUUAGUGAGUGUAGACAGAUUCCACAAGUUUUCCCUCGUUUCCAAGCCUUUUCUUGUUUAUUUCUCACUUACCUAACAUCGUUCGAGCUAGACUAUCGAUGGGCACUUCCAAAAAAUUACCGAGUCAAUACUUGACGAGAGUUGAUUGUUUUCUGUAGUGAUAUAUUUUCCUUCUUUGAUGUCCCCAACUUGAAACUCAAAAAUAAUCUGGGACUUGAUUCUUAUUCAAUACUAUCAUUAGCAGUACUAAUAAAAAUGAGUCCACUAUCUGGAUGCAUCCUUUAACCCCAGCUUUAGUUAGUAAUCGACUAAUUUUUUCUUGUUUAAAAGCCGGUUUUACAUUCUCAGUCUUCUCUACUAUACAUCUAAAGUCUAACUAAUCAUUAUGAAAACGUUCAGGAAAAAUGUUGGUGGAAUGGUCAGACCCAUCGAAUUCUCUUGCUGUUAUGAGAUACCACCGUAAUGAAUAUGCAGAACUUAGUUUCGAAGUGGUGAAGUGUUGGGUCAAUGGUUAUGAAGUUCAAAUUCCAGCUAUUAAUUCACAAGUUCAAACUCUCAUGUUUCUAUUAGGAUUGUAUCACCGACCCUGACACUUGAAGUACAACUCAAAAUCAAGUACAUAAAUGUGUAUCUGGUAAAUGAGUUACCGAAAACUUUAACGUGGUAUUGCAACUUGAAUUACUAAGUGGAGGUCGGCACAAUUAAGUUCAAACCACAUAAUGGACUUAACUCCAAAUUGUUGCAGUGAAAGGGGAAAAUAUAAAUCCUGCAAUAUUUAAUAAUCAGGUGUUUAAAAUAUUCACUAGCUCUGCUCCAUACUUUCCAUUACUUUAUCUUAUCAGGAUGGUUCAGUCAUUUGAAGCAGAAUUUUCCCAAAAUAUUAGUGGACAUGUAGCUGACGUCAAUACACAAAUAUUGUCUGGAGGUGCUGAGAUUAAUCGCGUGUUUCAUGAACGUUUUAGAUAUGAUUUACUCAAGAUUGAAUUCGAUGAAAAAACUCUACGUAAAGAAAUCGCUGUUGCUAUUCAAAAUAUUCAUGGUGUCAGGCCUGGAUUGUUUACACCGGAUAUGGCAUUUGAUGCUACAGUACGAAAACAGAUUGAAAAACUUCGAAUUCCAUCAUUAAAAUGCGUUGACAUGGUUGUAUCUAAAUUGACCGAUGUUUUGCAACAAUGUAGUGAUAAGGUGAGCAAAUAUAAUCGAUUGAUUAAUUGCACAAAUAAAUUGUCCAUUUUAUGCGACGUUUUUUUAUUAUUCAAAUAUUUAAUAAGGAAAUAUGCUUGUGUUUACACAAAUGGAAAGCAAUUGCCAUGUAAAAAAAAUCCCAAAUAAUAGCAUAAGAGUCCUUAAAAUAAAUUAGCCAUAUUUACCUUAAAUUUUUGUUUCUUUUUAGUUUAAAAUCAAAUGAUUAGGCCACGUAGGUCUUUAAAUUUAGAUUGUUGUUACUAUAGAUGAGGUAAUUGUUUCCAGUCUCCCAUGAUACUGUUCAGUUUUUAACUGUCAAGUUUUUGUGUUUACAAUGGCUUAGAAGUUUGGCAACUUUUUCAUUUGGCACAUGAGAAAAUAACUCGUUGCCAAGUGGUAGGGAAAUUUCGAGAAAAUAAAGAGCUAAUAUUUCAAUUUAUUUUCAUUUACAUGGUAAAGUUAUUCACAAAUUCAACGAAAUAUACUUCUGUACAUUGAUACUGACUUUCUCUUCAAAAUGAAUGUCGAAUCACAAAUCUGUAUCCAAUGUUUGUUCUGUUAGGAUUUCUUCAGCUUAUAUAUUUCUUGUAGGGUAGUUAUUAUCCUUCGGUUUUUAAAUCACCCUCGUAAUUGUUCCCAACGAUGUACUAGCAAUAAUUUUUUGUUGUAGUGAAGAGACGUUUAUUGGAAACUGAAAAUAUUUUUUGAAAUCUUUUUAUAAUGGAAGCGGUAUUUAGAGAUGAAGUCGUUUAAGUAAGUUCACAUCCCGCAAUCCUGAGGAUAUUUUUUACUCAAUAAUUAAGGUACUUAACUCUGAGUAAUUAAGUUAGCAAUAGUUGUACUCUGUUCAGCAUCAUUUGCCUACUUAUGUAAAACGUUUAUCCAACAAACAAUGAAAAUAACCUGCGGUGUCAUUGAAAAAGAAUUAAAAAACAAUUCAGUGAAGAAAAUGUUUGGCGAUGCAUUCAAAGAGCGUUUGCAUUGUGUGGCCAAUGGAAUGUGCUCCACAAGAACAGUUAAGUGUAUAAAUAAACAAUGCGAGAGUUUGUCCUUGAAAUAUCCGUGAAUGAUGAGACAGUUGGAAAGGACGGUAUGAAGCUAGCCAGCAUAAAAAGUUUCCCUCAAAGGUUUCGCUGGACGAUUUUACAAAAUCUCUACAGCAGUACCUCGGUUGAAGAUGAACCCAAUAUUCAUGAAGAGUUGUCUUAGGAACUGUGUGAGUUCUUGCAAGUUGUAAUUCUCGUUUCACGUUUCGCUCAACAAACCUGGAUAUAUAAGCGUUUUUGAGGCAUAUCUGUUGUAGGUUGAAUAUUUCCUCUAUCGUGUAUCGUGUCUUCUGAGCCUAUUCGUUUGGUCUUUUCUGAUAAACAUUGAAUCAAGUUUCUCUUUCGGUUUAAUGGGACUCAGCUAUGAAAAUUCUGCUGUGGUUUGGGCUCCCGAGCAGUAUUUCAGCCCUCAUACAAAUCGAAUGUCGAAGUGUGGCGCAUAGAUAUUUGGUGCCUCCUUUUACCGUUUGGUGUUCUAUUUCAUAAGACAUCGAGGAACUGUGAUUUGGAAUUCGAUUCUGAUUGCAACUAAAUUUGAUGGAUUGAUACCAACCAGUGAAUUUAUCCAGAAUGACAUUGAGGUCACUGUUUUCAUCACAAAUAAUCAAGUGUCAUCCAUAUACCUUUUGUUUAAGUAAAAGUUGCCAAUCGUUGUUUUAAGUACCGUGUUCUUAAGAUUGGUCAUGAAACAGUCCUCUAGAAAGUGUUGAGUGGUUAACCCGUAGCGAUGUCAUCAGUUUGCCUGUAGAACUCGUAAUUAAAUCCAUACUGGACAUUUGAAUGUACACCGUGUGGGUAAUUCUUUUUGAUAGUACAUAAGGAUAUGCCCUAAAGGUCCGUAUUAGACAUGAAUAAUAAUAAUAAUAAUAAUAAUAAUAAUAAUAAUAAUAAUAAUAAUAAGCCAUCAUUUUUCCAAUGUUUUGACACUUAAUUUUCACCAACUCUUAUUUGAUUGUUAAUACAUCCUUCUGAUGUUCUCAAUCUUCUCAAUUUUGAUUCCUUACCCUCACUUAUGAAAAAGAACAUUAUUGGAGUCUGAGAAACUACUUGUUUACUCAGCUUGAUUUCUGUAUAAAUAUUUAACAGUCAUAUGAUCUAGAUGAAAGACACACUGAAUAUUUGCUCAUUCAUUCUUAUGCUAAUUUAUAUUAAAUGGGUUGUGUAUCUCAUUAAAUAAUUAAUCAAUACAUCACUUAUCGAUUGGUAUAUCCAUCUUUUGCCUUUGUUCACUAAUAAAUCCAAAUCAAUAUGUAUAUGUUUAUUUAUUUACUUAAUGUAUUUACAUUGUUUAUCAUACAUGUACUUCAUAAUAACUAAUUCGUAUGAUGUAUUAUUCUUUAUUUACGUUUUUAAUUCAUUCAGUUAAAUAAACAAAAAAUAAAACUUGGAACAUUUAUGUAUCGGUUCAAAUUGCCAGUCUACAAUAUAACGAGAUACCUGAGUAGCAUAUGUAAAAACAGUAUUAAUGGUUAUAGAAAAGAUUAAACAUGUAGGAUAUAAUUUGACAAUAUGGAUUCGUAGAAUUAAGAAUUUUCUUUCUGAUAAAUAAGGAACAUAUGAUUUAAGGGAAGACAAAGAGUGCAUGUACAUGUAUCAUUGCGAAUGUUUCUCAGCCAUGACAUUCAAAGUCUCUAACCAAUAGUUAUGAUACUGGUGUAGAUCCCAACCUAGUAGUCUGGACGUAAUUACACGACUCAAUCCAGUUAUCACUGACUUUAUGAACUAAUGCCACGUCUUGAUUUGAGUCUUUUAUUGUUUUUGAAUAAGACUAUGCAUUUAGUCUAUUCUUCACAAUUAGCAUCUACAUUUAUGUUAUAGCACUUUUGAUAUACAAGGUUAAGAAACUAAACGAUAUAUUUACGGUUAAAAGUAUCGCUUUUUUGUGUUAAAUGAUUCGAUAUACCGUUAUUAUUAUUUGGCAAUGCAUCCUAUUAAUAAAAAUUUAUUGAUCAAAUGUUUUUGCAUAGUAAAAUGGUUCAAGAAGUAGUGACUUAAUAGGUAAAACACUCGGCUUUCAGCCAGUUGGUUUUAGAUAAAUAUUUGGACUGUAUCAGAAAACAAAGGAUACUGUGGCAAGAUGAAAUUCACAGAUUUAUUAUAUUCACGUGCUCCAAGUCUUCUAAAAAGUAGACAAACCAUAGUUGCAUCAUCGAGAUCUCAGCAGUCGACACGGAAUAUGCCUUUGAAAUGAUGAAACUUGGAAUCAAACAUGAUAUCAAAUUCAGGAUCAUAAUUGGAUUCACGAAUGGGAUUUGCGAUGCUUACAUAUGUAUCUGGUUGAUAGGUUGAAGUGGAAUGAAAUGAGAACUUGUAAGUGCAUCUAGAAGCCUCAUUUGAUUAGGAUUACUGUGCGUUUUCUGAAUUUGUAGAAUGGUUUUAAGGUCGUCCAUAUUAAUAGACAUUUUCUUUUUGAGCAAUCACAUCAGCGAAAAAUUCGCACAAAGUAAUUUCCGAUUACAGAAAUAGCGAGUCAAUAAACAUCUUUUUCAAUACCGAAAGAAAAAUGUUUAUAAAAGUCUCCUACAGAUCCAUAUUCUGUCUUUCAGUGUUGUAAAAAGAAAUAACAGGUUACCCCAAACAUGAAUUUGUACUUAGACGAUUCUUAUACAUUUUCCCAGUUGUAUCAUCCUCAGUACAAAACAUCCCGUCUAGUUGACUAGCCAUUUUAUCGAAAAUCAUCAUUAUGUUUAGUAAUUGCGUUCAUCUGCCGGAUACUUUUUUGUCUUUUGUUGAAAUUCGUUUUGCUAGUUCAUGGAGGUCUGUUCAAUUCCAAAACAGUUUUCGUCACGGAUUUACAUGAGUCUAGAAAACAAUUAAAAUUCAGGGUGUACUAGAUAUUUAUUUGCUCCCAUUUGGAAACUUCGCAACUGUAUAUAUUUAUGGAGCUGUGGUUUAGUAGUUCUACUUCCAACCACUAGGUUUCAGGUUUGUAUACCCUUGCUUCUUCAGUUUGAAGAAUUGGUUAGUGUCCACCAGCUCUCACACGUUAGGCGUAACUCAAAGCUGAGUACACGAUUCUGUACUCAGUAAGUUGCAUCGUUAUCUCAUUUCAGUUGAACAUCAUUUUUUACUGGGAGCACAAUAUUUUAGACUCAUAAUUUGAAAUCCUUCGGUUCACGUUCUUAACUGUAGUCAGUUCAUAGAACAGAUCGGAAGUCAUUCAAUAAGUAGCAACUGAAUCAUAACAUUACAGAUACUGGCUUCCCAGUAGAACAACUAGAGAUCUAUCUCGAUUCUAAUACUUAGUCACCGCAUGGCAACUAAUUACCCGAGUUCGUGAAAAACGAUUAAAUCUGAAGAUAACUUUCACGAUACCAUUGAAUUCUAAUUUAUACGUUUCCAUUACUCUUCGGAUUAUACCAGUGCGUGAAGAAACGUUUUUAAUAAAAGUGGCUGUCUUUUUUGUUUUACUAUUAACAUUUAAUUACUCGUUUCUACACUGACUUCAUUACCAUCAAGUCAAGUAUUAUAUGUAUAUAACUAUCCUACAGCAGUUUGGUCUAGAUAUUCUCUUUACUAUUCUUUCAUCCGUUUAUCACCAGAUUAUACACGUUUCGCUUACGGAAUACUUUAUGAAUCAUAAGUUAUCAACAUAUCAUCAAAUGUUAGUAUGAAAUUAGUGUUGUUGAUGGCUUAAUGUCUUUUUCUGUAUAUACUUGUGUGUUUAUAUUACACGUGUGUAGUAUGUGUGUAUGUAUGUAUGUAUGUAUGUAUGUAUGUAUGUAUGAAUAUGUAUAUGCAUGCGUACUCGUGUACAUGAGUAUCUUUUCAUAAAACACUUUCCUGAAUUUUUUUCUUCACCAACUUUAAUCCAGUCAUCUAAUCUGUAUGUUACGUCACAAUUGCCAUGUAAUCCUCUCGCUAUUACGUAUGUACGUUUCCACUUUUUAUUCGUUUCACUUCGAUUCUAAUAUUUGUUGUUGUAUAUUUAUCUGUAUGUAAUAGAUAUUCUUUCUUCGUUUUACCAUUUAGUUUUUAUGUCAGCUAGUCCUCAAGAUGUGAUUGUGUUUACAGUGUAGUAAGAUUAUUAGUUUUUUUUUGUCAUUAUUGUUGUUUAUACAAAUUAACCCAGUUAUUUUUGUUUACCAAACUAAUAUUUUAUAGCAUGAUACAUACAAAAGUGUAGAGAAAGUUGUUCUUAUCUGUUUUUCUGAAAUGAAUUAUUUGUCUUUUUCUAAUACUCCAUCAGAUUGUUACGAAUAGAAAUAUAUGUAGAUAAUAUAUUCAAGAAAGUUCCCAUUCUCUGCUCAAUUCUUUUUCAUACAUUUCAUGCUUCUUGAUGAGCUCGUACAAAACAAAAACAGGAAGAUCUUGCAGAAUAAACCUGUAUUCAUUCUGUUUCAAAGCUCCAUUUUCCCUGGUAAAGAAUAAUUGUUUGAAAUAAGUCUACCUGUUAAAUAAUCUUACUUUUACACAUUCAUUGACAUUCGUUCAUGAUAACCUCAUCCUAAUUACUCCACUUAAGUAUGUAAUCAUAUAUUUUUAUUAUGCUUAUGAGUAGCUGUAACCUCAUCUAGAAUGAACGGACAGCAAAGUUCUGUCUGCUAAAAAUACUGACAGGAUUCAAAGUUUUCUGUACCGUCUGAAUCACUAUUCAGCACAGAUUGAAACGAUUAACAAAAUAACUCAUUGAUAAAAAUUGCAGAUAAUUGUUUCCCUUCAUGAACUUUAAUUAGGCCAGGACAACAGUUGGGGGAGUAUGAUGUAAACCCACCAUAUGUUAUAGUUUCUCUUCAGCUGCUUUCAACUCUAUUCGUAUUGAAGUGUAUGCUCCGAAUAUACACUUUAAUAUGAAUAUGGUUGUAAGUAGCUGAAGAGAAACCGCGAUAUAUAGUGAGCUUACAUUAUUCUCCCCCCAGUUUUUUAUUUUUGCCUAAUUCAAAUUUAUUUCAUUGAAACCAUGACCUGAUCAAUGUUAGAUCACCACUAAAAACCUGGAAGCACUAGACAGCCGUUUUGUGAUACUAUGGUACUCCCCAGCAGUGCCCAUCCACGAAUUUGCGCGCGAACACUUAACCUCUAGAACUAUUAAGCCAGUAUUCAACAGUGUUAAUAUCUAACUUCUGUAAUAUCGCACGACCAUCUUCUAUUGUCUUCAGUAGGUAACUGCUUCACACCCGACACGGUUAUACAUUUAUAUUUUGUUCUAGCCUAACUUUUUUCGAUAUUCCUCUGUCUUCGUUCUUGAGGAUAAACAACAGGGAAAACUUGAACUUAAAUAAAUUAUAUCCUAGAUACAUAGUUACUUUACAAAAAUGUACAAGCCUUUUGCAAUUUGUACACUAGAUGUUGCUUAACAAAUGAUUUAUCAAGUCCAGUAGAAGAAAUAUGAUUCAUUUUUUUGUUAAUAUUUAAGAAAUUAUUUGCAGUAUGUCAUAUUUACGCAUGAUAACCCUUGAUAAUUAUUGUUUUUAGAACAUGUGUUGUAAUCAUUGUAUUCUAAGGGCUGAUUUUCAUUUUAUUGGAUUAAAUGUUUCAUUUGACAAAAAUAUAUCAAGCUUUUAUCACAUGCAUAAAAGAGUUUGUAUGGAUAAACAAACAUUAAUUCGUGUGAACUUUUUUAUAAGCGUAUAUUGGUUUUCUACCUCUCUUAUAAAUCAACCACCAAUUUAAGACCACAUACAGUUACUUUUAUAUGAAAAUAUACCACUCUGUGUUAACGAUGAAGGCAUAGUGACAGAUAACCAAUCAUCUGCAUGAAAUAAAUUGAAUGUGUUCUAUAAUCAUUAUGCUUAAUUCAUAUAUCACAUGUUUGUUAUUUGUGUUCAUCCAAGUGUAUGUGUGUAGGUGAUCGUACAUUCCAGAUUGUGCAUAUCAUAAAUGAAUCCGAGAAAUUGAAGUCAUCAUAAAACUUCAAUGUGAUACUAGUUUAUAGAGAAAUAAUAAUUGAACAAAGUGAAAAUAAUACCUUCUAUCUGAAAAUAAUACCUGUUUACAUACUCAACCACUAAUUUUCACUGAACCAGUCGAUCAGUUAUUAAAAUUUCAAAAGACAUUGAAUAAGUGUCUUUUUUUUAAUUUUAACCAUCUAUUCUGUUGUCUUUCACUGACUAGUACAGUCAUGAAUAACUUUUUUUAUAAAAACGAACACGUACACAAAAUUCUCAGAUUCUACGACAAUUACAUCACUGUUUAUAACUUUUAAACAAACUGAGGUCACGUUCAUUAGAUUGUUAUGUAAUAUUCAUGUAGGACGAUUUCCACGGCUUCGUGAAGAAAUUGAACGUGUUGUCAAUAUGCGGGUUCGUGAAUUAGAAAUAGCUACUAAAGAACAAAUUCAAACAUUAAUUGAUUUUCAAUUAGCUUAUAUGAAUACAAAUCAUGAAGAUUUUAUCGGUUUCCAAAAUGCUGAGCAACGAGCAAAUGAUAGUUCCAAAAGUAAACUUGGCAAUCAAGUAAUCUGUAAAGGGUGGCUUAAUUUGAUCAAUCCAAGUCUAUUGCGUGGUGGUAGUCGUUAUUGUUGGUUCGUAUUAACUACAGAUACAUUGACUUGGUACAAAGAUGAUGAAGAACGUGAGAGACGAUUUGUUCUUCCUUUAGAUGGAUUAAAACAACGUAGCGGUGAUACAGGAUUCUUUUCAAAACGACCAACGUUUGUCCUUCAUCAUCCAGAUCCUAAAGUUAAUUUGUACAAAGAUCACAAAACUUUAGAUUUAUCUGCAGAUACAGAAGAAGCGGUUGAAGCUUGGAAAGCUGCUUUAGUUCGUGCUGGAGUGUUUCAUGAUCCAUCUGGAAAACCAGACGAACAGACUGAUGAUGGUGAUACGAAUAAAAUACCGACUGAUCCUAAACUUGAAAGACAAGUAGAAAUUAUACGUAAUUUAGUUGACUCCUACAUGAAAAUCGUUACUAAAACACAACGUGAUAUGGUUCCAAAAAUAAUUAUGCAUCAAUUAAUUAAUGAGAUCAAGAUUUUUCUAAAAGGCGAUCUCUUGCCCAAAUUGUAUUCACAAGACCCUAACAAUCUUAUGGAAGAGUCAUCAGCUGAGAAAAAGCAUCGUGAAGAAAUUAUACGUAUGUAUGAUUCAAUACGUGAGGCAUUAUCAGUUAUAUCAGAUGUCAUAGCUAAUACGCAUAGCGUCCCAUUACCUCCACCUGUUAGUGAUGACUGGAUUGAGACGGAGUUAUCUACUGGAUCAAAUAAUAUUCGUCGACCACUUCCUUCUAGUAAUGCAUCUCAUUCCGGUCAUCACAGUACUAGUACAACACAAAGACCUUUAAGUCCUAAUAAUAUCACAUCAAAUUCUAAUCGUCCCAUACCUUCAAGACCAGCACCAAAUUUACCUAUACGGCAUACUUUGAAUCCCCCAACAAUUGUAACUACAGCCCCUGGUCAACUUCCAGCUCCACUUCUUCCUCAACGAAUGCCACAAUUCAAUAAUGGUCUUUCUCAAAGUGCAAGUACUGGCAACCUUCCAGGUACUAUAUCUUCCGGUGGUAUUGGUGGAAAUACAUUUAUGACUACUAACCCAUCGAAUGGCUCAACACCAAAUACCACUUAUUCUACUACUAAUGCACCGUGGGUUUCAUUUGAUCCUCUUUUUAAUCAAUCCCAAUCAAGUGUAAUAGCACCACCGAUUCCACCACCGAAAUUAACAUCGUUAUCUGGUAAUCUUGGACAUCCAAGUAUACCAGAACGUCCAGGUAAUGUUGGUAUGCCGCGCAUUCCUCCUCGACCAACUUCAUGAAUCAGUGUGUUGUUUAUUUAUUUAUUCAUUCUAAUUUACGCAUAUAGUUUACGGAUUUAUACAUACAAAUUCCAGGUUGUUGUCCUUUGAAGUAUUUUCCCCUCAUUUUCAUAAACUAAUUUUUAAAAAUAAUACUGUGUAUGCUCAACUGUUUUCUACCCAGACAUUUGUAUGGUGGUAUGUAUCAUGUUUUCACUGUUUAACAAGUAAACGAAAAUUUUAUUCAUUUCCUUGUUUACUUGUUUUUAUCACUGUUGAUUCCUAUUUUUCUCACAAUGCACUUUUAUCAUAGAGCCAAAUAUAUCCAACACAAAUGUAUUCGUUGGUCGAUUUCUCUUUCUACGCGUAUUUCGCUCGUUCUCAUUCGCUCUCUUAACACUCAGAAUAUUAUCCAUACACUCACAUAUGUAUCUGAAAUCUCUUCGGUUACCUGUGUAUCGUCUUUAUUUUUUUCAAAGAUCUCACGGGUUCUGUCAUUUUUUCCCAGUACAUAAUUUCAUUUUUGUGUAUAAAUGUGUGGUGUUUGCUUGAAUAAUUUCUAUUUUAAUAAUAAUUUUUGAUUUUUAUUUCAUGCGUUAAUGAUUUUGCUCAGUUCUAUAUACUACUACUUACUUACGCCUGUUACCCCUCGUGGAGGAGCAUAGGUCACCCACCAGCAUUCUCCAUACUACUAAUAUAUAUUCCGUAUAUUCGUCCGACAUUAUAUGUAGCCUUAUGAUUGGUUAGUUGUCUGGUUGGUCAACUGAUUUGAUUUUCUCUGUCAUUUUCGAUUAAGCAAUUAUUCUUCCAGAUUUCUAUUCACUCUUCAACACUUAAUUCCUGUUUUUUUGGUCAGGAUUAGUGUAUUAGAUGCAGUGAGAUUUCUCCCUACCUACUGUUCAUUUCGACCGACCUUACCUUUGAAAAAAUAAUAGAAUACUUGAUAUUGUUGUCGUUUUAACUCACUUCUUUGAUAAUGUUUGUUUAAUCAAAAUUAGACAAGAUGGUAAAGUUAGUCUUUUUCAAGUCAGAUUCUAUAUCAACUUGAUUGACUUUCUCUGUACUAAUUCACUUCAAUUUAUUCAGUUUGUUCAAACUAUAGAUGCAUCUAGUUUAUUUCAAGAACUUUUUCUUUUUUUUAAUGGUCAUCUAACUAUUGAAGUGAAAUUUUCUUUGAAAAACCUAAUUUUCCUAUUAAAUUGAAAUCGCCUUUCAUUUUUUCUUUUACUGAAUCAUUUAAUGUCUUUUUAUACUUUAGUAUGUGAAUACUUCGUCAUCAACUUCUCUCUCCUUGGAAAUUAAUUAUUGUCUAAUUAUUUUGUUUCUUUUUUCUAAUGAAUUAUGUUUUAUUCGUUCAUUUGAACAGUUUGAAUUUUUAUUUAAGAAUAUAACUAUCCUUACUGCUUUUCUAUAAAAAGAUUGAAUCGAUAUUGUUUAUAUAUGAUGAAUUGAAAUGCAAAAUCAGUUUCUUUAUUUGUUUCAUUUGUUUAAAGAAAAUAAAUUUUCAGAAUGAAUUUUUGUUUGGUAAAUACAAACAUAUGUAGCCGAAAUAGUCUAAGGAACUUUCGAAUCUACGAUCCAUGAUCUGAAAUCCAUAACCUUAUACACUAAGUCACGUGCUCAAUUGCUUAACAAUACAUAAUGAGGAUAGAAUAAAUAAUCAUAUUAAAUAUGCUCAAAAACAUUGAAAUUCCGAGAUCUGCUCUAAAUGUCUUGUAAUAGCCACUAAUCAACAAGCACUUAUGGAUAAAAGAUUGAAUGUAUAUGAGUUU